AUGUACCUGAAAGAAAUGUGUGUCAUCGACUUUGACAUCAACCUUGCAACAUCCUACGAAUCGGUUCUCCGGUCUGUGCAGAGAACCCACUGGCGCGGGGCGCAAAUGUGCAGCGUAUGCAGCGAAUUUUACAUCAACCCAUGGCAACACGUCGUCUACACAAACAAGUCGUUCAUCCACCAUCACUACAAGUGCCGUAACCAUAGAUUGUACGACCCGUCGGGCACAUUGGACAUUGUGGCAAAGGAGAAGGAAAAGGUCUAA